UUUUUUUUUCCUUAAAAAAAAAUGAAUUAAUGCGCAGUGAUCCUGUUUCAUUUUUUUUUUUUUUUUCUAAUACAUUCAAAUGAAGACUCGAAAGGAAUCCCCCAUCACUCAAUCCACAACUCAGAAAAGAAAAGCAAUCUCAGUUACAGAUAAUAAUAAAAAGCCUAAACUAGAAUUAGAAGAAGAGUGGAUCGAUGAUCAAGAUCGGACAACGAGUAGUAGUAGUAGUAUUGAUAAAAAAGGAAAGAAAAAGAUGAUUGAAACACCAAACAAUGUUCUUCAAGAGACUGAAAGUAUUCAACAAGGUCUCGAUGAAACAAGUCGAUAUAGUGACGAUGAAUCGGAUGAUGAUAUUGAUUGGGAGACUAUACCUCUUUUACCUCAUUCUCAAUCUGAUCAUGAGACAGACAUGGACACUAUGACUUAUAAGGAUAUUGAUAUCGUUAUGGAACAAGCUCCAAGACCUGUUUCAAAGAAAUCACACUGGGAAAGGUCAUACCAGCGUAUUUUACAUGAGUGGAUGCAUCAUAGUCAUGUUGUUUUGCUGAUAGCCCAUUAUAAAUUACGUAAUAGAUGGUGCUUAAAUAAUGAAUUGCAGACGCUAUGUUAUUCUAUUAUCCCUGAGCAUAUAAAACGAAUUCAAAAUAACAAGUCAAAAGAAUCGUUAAAGAAAGGCAUUCAAGCACUUUUAAAAUGGUGGAAUAAUGAUAUAUUUGAGUUGACAGGCCCAGGUUUAUUAACUCAAAACUACAAUUAUUAUGAGCAAACGAGAGAGGGCUAUAAAACAUUGGAAGAAUGGAUUGAGAAGAAUCAUACAUCAAAUAAAGAUGGAGAUUAUAUUAAAGACUUGAGUACAUUUAAGCAGAUGAUAAGUUCUUCUAAAAGGACAUUAUCAGGUACACGAGAUACAAGUGCUGAAUUAUUUGUGUCAAUAUUAAGGUCUUGCGGAUAUGAUACCCGUCUUGUGUCUUCUCUACAACCUAUAUCUUAUAAAGUACCAGUAGUCAAUAAGAGUCAGAAUGCAACUCCAACCAUAAAUGAUGAGGACAAAAAUGAAUCUAAACCCUUAUUUAACUUUCGAGUACGACCAAGGGCCUAUGUGGAUCCUAAUGUGAAAUUAAAGAAUCCAAAAGGGAAGCCACCUACUGUAUGGGCAGAAGUCUAUUGUAAAGAGACAAAGCGCUGGAUAUGUAUAGAUCCCAUUCGAGGACAUAUUGAUAAACCAACAUGGAUGGAACCAGCAUCUUCGGAUCAAGAUAAUAAAUUAUCGUUUGUAUUGGCAUUCGAUCAUGAAGAGUAUAUUACAGAUGUGACUAGACGUUAUACUUAUAAUAUGGAAAGAGUGAAUCGAGUGCGUGAUCGACCUUUGACAAGACGAGAAAUAAAUGGAGGAAUCCAGUUAUGGUCUGAGCGACUUUUGUCCGUUAUUUGUUACAAACCAAGGCUUACAGAGCGAGAUCAAUUAGAGGCUGAAGAUUUAGAGAAUCAAAGUCUCAAGGAAGUCAUGCCUACAUCUAUUAGUGGGUUCAAAAAUCAUCCACUCUUUGCACUUGAACGCCAUCUUCUUAAAUUUGAAGUGAUUUAUCCUAAACAUCCAAUACUAGGUGCUAUACGAGGAGAAAAAAUAUAUCCUAGAUCUUGUGUAAAGAUGGUGAGUACAUCUGAGCAGUAUUAUAAACAAGGAAAAAAGAUCAAAGAAGGAGAACAACCAAUCAAGAUGGUUAAAGCAAAUGCAGUUACUAUAGAAAAGAAGCGACUAAAGGAACUAGCGAAACAAGAAGGAGGGGAUCUUAUGGUAGCUUGUUAUGGAGAAUGGCAAACUGAGCCUUAUAUACCACCUCCAGUAGUGAAUGGCGUAUUACCUAAAAAUCGAUUUGGUAACAUUGAUCUUUUUACACCUUCCAUGUUACCCAAAGGAGCGGCGCAUAUACCUGUUAAAGGUAUCGAAAAGAUAGCAAAAAAAUUAGGAAUUGAUUAUGCAGUUGCUGUGGUUGAUUUUGAUUUUGUGAAAAUGAGAGCUGUUCCUGUUACAAAUGGCAUUUUAGUAGCAGAAGAACAGCAAUGGAUUUUAUUAGAGGCAUGGGAGGAAUAUGAGAAAGAUAAAGCUAUAAAAGCUAUUGAGGAACAUAAAAGAGAUGUAAUGAUUCGAUGGAGAAAGUUAAUUAAGAGUAUAUUGAUUCAGGCAAGACUUGAUGGAUAAUAUAAUGUAUAUUUCAUACUUUAAACAUUUAUAUAUCUAUUGAACAGCUAAAUAAAAAAAAAUCAUGUAUAAGAAUAAAUAAUAAAGCAUAAAAGAUUUGCAGUA